GCUAUGUAUUUCUAUAGAUAGGCCCAUGGGCUUAUAGCCCAUUGUCUGUGUUGGUGUAUGUGUUAUAUAUAUAUGUAUGUAUCAAAGACACAGAAAGUGGAGUGGUCUCUGGAAUUUUCCAUACCCCUUCAUGGUGUCGGAGCCUGGUUAGAGAGAGAGAGAGAGAGCUCGGCGACAGGAGUGACGGACUGGAUCUAGAGAUGUCCAGGCGCCUGAGGUGAGAUUGCCUGGCUGAGGAGUGCACCCGUGCUGCUCCUGUUGGUGGACCUGCUGCUGUGGUACCUCCUGCUACUGGUGCCUUGCUCUGUGGUGAAGAAGGAAGAGAAGGGAAAGCAUCCAGUGGAAGAAGGAAGCAGCUCAUACAUGAUGGGGGAAAAUCAAGGAAUUGAGCAAGUGCUUGGAAAAUUGGUAGAACUACUUACUGCAAAGAAGGAUGAGGUCUCAUCUUCAAGCAGAGAAAUUGUUGUUCAUGCUGAACCUGUCCAAAAGAUAGAGUUGAUGCCAAAUGAUGUCAAAUUAGAGGGCAUAAAAAAUUACUUGGCUUGGUCUAGAAGGGCACUUCGGUUGUUGAAAGCAAAAAAACUUGAAGGCUUCGUCAUUGGGGAAUCAUCUGAGCCAUCAGAUAAGUCAAGUCCUGAAUGGAGCACAUGGGAUGCUACCAACUCUCUGGUAGCAGCGUGGAUGUUGAGUUCUAUGACUCCGGUCAUUGCAAACACAGUAGAUACAAUUGUGAGUGCAAAAGAGAUAUGGAAAGCUUUGGAAAAGAUGUAUUCAGGUGCUGGAAAUGUGAUGCUGAUGGUUGAAAUAGAAGACAGACUCCAUGAUCUCAAACAGGGGGAGCGGUCGGUGAUGGAAUAUGUUGCUGAGUUGAAGAGUUUGUGGGCUGAUGCAGAUCAUUAUAAACCUAUCGAGUUGCCACACUCAGAGUGUGUGACAUGGGUGAAGAAGUGGAUAGAAGAAAAGAGAGUCAUUCAUUUCUUAAGGGGGCUGAACCCAGAGUUUGAGGCAAGGCGUUCUGCUAUUUUUCAUCAACCGACUCUUCCUAGCCUAGAUGAGGCCAUAGCUGCUAUUUCACAAGAGGAGUAUAGACUAAAGGUGAUGAGGGAGACUGCUACAUCACCAUCUCCUGCAUCCUUACCUCGUCCAAUUUUUGCAGCAACAGAAAUGAAAGAAAAUAGAAAGUGUUUCAAUUGUGGUGACACUGGACACUUGAGUCGUGAUUGUCCUAAGCCACUCAGGCCCAACAAUGGUAGAGGAAGAGGUACCAGAGGUGCUCUUAGGGGUGGUAGAGGCUAUGGAGGAAGAGGUGGCUAUAGGGCCAACGUAGUGGGUAUAGAAGAGGAGCUUUCUAGAGCAGCAGCUUCAUCGGUGAAAGCUGAAGAACCCAAACAAUGGAAAGAAAAAGUUCCAACUUCAUCAAUGAAAGACGAAGAACCCAGACAAUGGAAAGAUAAAGUUGAGAGCUCAAGAGAUAAAGAUCAAGUUAAUUAUGUUGGUGACUUCGUCAACUUUGCCUACAUAGAUGAAGGAAAGGAGGACAGGGAGGAAUCUUGGGACUGCAACCAGGCAUAGUGGAUUGUGGUAUAUGGAUCGUGAGGACACAA